AUGUUUGAAUGUAGCUCUGUUAAAAGUCUGUAUCUAACACACACCCCACAGUGGAAAACAGUUUUCAUGGAUGGAAAAGAUGAGUUUGAAAACGAAGAGUGCGGAUUUUUUCGAAAUGAAAGCAGCGCUGCUUUCAAGAACGUUGUUGAGGAUCCAUCAAUUCUUGUAUCAAUUCUUGUUCCAGUAAAACCAAAAGACUGUUGCAUGCAUUGUGGAAGAGUUCCUUUGGAUUACGAAGUUAAGAAUGUAUUUGAUAUUAGUGUUUGUACUUCCUGUUCAAGAACAGAACUAAAAUUUAUAACAAAAACAAAAUGUUUGCAGGACUAUUUGCUAACACCAGACGAGUUGAAACAGUUUAAGUACUUAACAAGGCCCAAUCCACACAAGAACACCUGGAAUGAUAUGCAACUAUUUAUUGAAAGUCAGAUUCAAGAAUUUGCUGUAGGCAAGCAUGGUAAGCUGGAGACUAUUGAAAAAUUAAAAGAAGAUAGAAAAAUUAAAAACAAAACCAGAAAGCUGGAAAGCGUGAGAAGAAGAGUAAAAGAUUUGAAAAAAAGAACGUUUCUUACUCACUAUGAAGAAAAGCAUAUCCAUAAGUUUAUCAGCAAGGGGAAUAUAAGUAUUUGUGAGUGUGGAAUGAGCAUAGAAGAGGAAGAACUUUGA